AUCACCUCUGAACCUACUCCAUCUUUAACUAUCACCUCUGAACCUCAUCCAUCUUCAACUAUCACCUCUGAUGCUUCUCCAGCUUCAACUAUCACCUCUGAACCUCCUCCAUCAUCAACUAUCACGUUUGAACCUCCUCCAGCUUCAACUAUCACCUAUGAACCUUAUCUAUCUUUAACUAUCACCUCUGUACCUACCACAGUUUCAACUAUCACGUCUGAACCUCCUCCAUCUUCAACUAUCACCUCUGAACCUACUCCAUCUCUACCUAUCACGUCUGAACCUCCUCCAUCUUCAACUAUCACCUCUGAACCUUCUCCAGCUUCAAAUAUCACUUCUGAACCUACACCCUCUUUAACUAUGACCUCUGUACCUACCACAGUUUCAACUUUCACCUCUGAACCUCCUCCGGCGUCAACUUUUACCGCAGAACCUACUCCAACUCUACCUAUCUUGUCUGAACCUCCUCCAGCUUCAACUAUCACCUCUGAACCUACUCCAUCUUCAAAUUUUCCCGCUGCUCCUACUCCAUCUCUACCUAUCACGUCUGAACCUCCUCCAGCUUCAACUAUCACCUCUGAACCUCCUCCAUCUUUAACUAUCACCGCUGAACCUACUCCAUCUCUACCUAUCUUGUCUGAACCUCCUCCAUCUUUAACUAUCACCGCUGAACCUACUCCAUCUCUACCUAUCUUGUCUGAACCUCCUCCAUCUUUAACUAUCACCGCUGAACCUACUCCAUCUUCAACUUUUCCCGCUGAUCCUACUCCAUCUCUACCUAUCACGUCUGAACCUCCUCCAGCUUCAACUAUCACCUCUGAACCUACUCCAUCUUUAACUAUCACCUCUUAA